AUGUGCAAGGUGUUUGCAAUGACUUUGCAAGAAGCAUCUCAGGACUGGUUCCACAUCCUGCCAUCUGGGUCGAUCAGCAGCUUCAAGGAGCUUGCUUAUGUCUUCACUAACGAAUACACUUCUUAUCGGUCAAUCAAGAAGAAUCCUAACCAUCUGUUCAACAUGCACAAGAAGUCCAAUGAAUCCCUGCGAGACUACAUCAAGAGGUUCAAAGCGGAGAGGGCAAACAUUGUAGGAUGCGAUGACCAAAUUGCGUUCUCUGCCUUCAAGAGGGGGUUGCCAACUGAAUAUGAGCUGUAUCGCGAGCUGACCAUUUAUCCUCGCCAAACACUGGUAGAAGUCUUCGCUAUAGCAGAGCGCUACGCAUUAUAG